GGGCGGGGUCUGACGUGAACGUGCGCCGUGUGAUGUGGAUGUGAUGUACCGUGGUCCUUGGUGGUGGCGCUAUCUGCAGUGGAACCAAAACACUGCAUUAUAGUCUUCUCAAGUGUCUGCUGCACCUGGGAUGUUGACAGAAGAUUUAAUCUGCACAGGUGCUGUAACUGUGGCACAUGACAGACAUGGGAAAUAAAAGGAAGAAGAAGGAUACCAGGUGGUGCCCUGACCUUCUCCACUGCUCUGCGGCAUCAAGAGGAGAAUCCAACCAUGCCUCCAUCUGAAAUGAGACACAGACUUUAGCCAUGGAUCACAAACCUCAGAACAAGAGCAGGACCAGCUACUUUGGCAACGUCAAGAACAGGUUGGGGCCUAAGCUGCCCACAGGCGUGUCUCAGCCUCCACAGUUCACUACGAGAACAUGGGAGGUCCAGCCCCUGGCCCCAGCUCUGCAGCAGCCCACAGCAAGCAGCCAGAGGAGGCAGCAGCCUAUGUCAGCCAGACCACUGAACCACACACCUCACAUCCGAAAUCCUAAGCUCCGCCAGUAUUACUUGCAAGGACCGCCAUGGGAAGUAAACUGUACAGAUGUCCCAAAUUACAAGGGCCACUCUGGGGACACAGUCUUUAGUGUUUCAUCACAGUUCCACAGCUCAUCUCAGACGUGUUCAUCAGAUAUGCUUAUCCCUCGAGAACUGCUGGUCGUGCCAAAGGAGAAGACCUUAUCUGCAACUCAAGAGGAGUCUCCACUACAACCAACAACAAACUCCAACCUUCAUUCUAAACCCAAGCCAGAACUAGGAGACAUUUUGACAGCUCAGUCCCCAUCACCUGAAGCAGAAUACGACAAACUACUGGAUGUAGAGGCAGUGCCAAUGCCUGAUGGACAGCUCUGCUUACUGGCUCUCCCCCCUGAGUGCUGUGAGGGUGAAGGAGCAGACGCCACACCGUAUCUGAAGCUAUUUUGCCGCUAUAUCACUGACCGCAAGGGGGUGGUAUCUGGGAUUCUUCUGGUGACUUCCAAUAAGCUUUUCUUUGACCCAUGUAAGACCCAUCCCCUGGUGAGAGAGAAUGGUUGUGAAGAGUACGUCCUGUCUUGCUCAGUGGACAGUCUGGCUUCAGUCUCCUUCUAUUCUGAUAUCACCCACGUUCAUUUCAACACUUCUCAGCAGAGGAGAAAAGGAAAGACCCUUUUCCAAAAGUUAAAACCAUUCAAAAGCCAAACAAACCAUCAUCCAGGUCAGACAGACGAUGCUACAUCAGUGAAUUCUGCUCCAAGCGAUACAGAUGUGUGUGAUGGUGGUGAAGAGGAGGAGUCGUCUCUCAGCAGGGACAUGGCAGAGGUGGAGAAGGAGCUGGACAGUGGUCUACUCAAUGGCCUGUAUGACCCAACUGCAGCAGCAGUCUGCAGCAGUGCUGCAACGUUCUGCUGUGGUGGACCAGAGGCCGCCAGCCGACGGAAGACGGAGGAAGAGACGUCAGCUGUGAAAGAGCAGAGUACAGCUUGUGGAAGGCCAUCGCAAAACAGAACUGGAGGCCUUAUGUUUGUGCGGCUGCGGGCUCAGCUGUCUGCAGGCAGGAGGAGGGAUCCUGGUGUGCAAUUCGGGUCUGCCAAAACACUACUGAAAAGAGACACAUGGCUUGCACUGUCACAGGAGAGCUCGGAUGAGUUGUAUGCCUACCUUACACAAUGUCGACCAGACCUGUGUUUACUGGAAGGGGCACAAGAGGAAGAAGAAGAUGAAUUUGUUCUAAUUGAGGACAAAGAGCACGAGAGUGAGGAGGAGGAGGAAAGCUUCCAGCGACACCGCAACUCAGGAGAAGACUGGGAGAUGGUGGUAAUGGACGACCACAGGGAAAGGUCAAUCCUUGCCAUCGACAAAGAGCCAGAAGGACUACAAAAUAUUGUGGAGUGCAGCCAUAUUUUAGAGGCUUCACAUGUGAAAGAGCUUUGUAAGGAACUGCCUCCCAGGACUGUGGGCCAUACCUGGAAACUAACAUACAGCACUUCACGCCACGGCUCUAGUCUCAAGUCUCUGUACAGAAAAGUCAGCACUUCAGACUCCCCGGCCAUCAUAGUAAUAAAGGAUGCACUCGAUGAGGUAUUUGGUGCCUUUCUCUCUCAUCCCCUGAGACCCAGUGAAGUCUUCUAUGGCACAGGAGAGACUUUCCUCUUCAUGUUGCAUCCACGGUUUAAGUGUUUUAGAUGGACUGGGGAAAACUCCUUCUUCAUUAAAGGCGACUUGGAUUCUUUUGCUAUUGGAGGAGGAAGCGGUCACUUUGGGCUGUGGGUGGAUGAGAAUCUGUACUUAGGCCGCAGUAGCCCCUGCUACACUUUCAAUAAUUGCUGCCUCUCAGAAACAGAUGACUUUCGAAUCAUGGAGCUGGAGGUGUGGACUUUUGGAUGAGACUCUGCUCCAAUCAGCUGCCUCUAGCAACAUGUAAUUUCUCGUCGAGUGAAAGUGCUCAUUCAUUCAAUGUAUAGGCCAACUCUCUCUAUGGACAUAAAUGCUGUGAAUUUAUCUUAAUCUCAAAAGUACAGACUGAUCCAGAACAGCACGCUGUUGCUGGAGACAAGACUCAUUCCUGUGGGUUAGGCAUAGACUCUGUGGUCAGAGAGAACUGGAGCUUUCUGAAGACAGACCCACUGUUCUCAAAGCACUCUCCAGAAACUGUUAUAUCUGUUUAAUCCUUCAGUCGUGUGUAUGAUCCAUAACAAAAGAAACAUUUAAUUCUGUCAACUGUACAAAAGGUUCAGAAUGAAGAUGUUUUGCUGCUUCUUCAGUUCUGGUCAAAUCACUGGUGGACACUCCCUUAUAUCUGUCUGAAGGGAGGAGCUAACUACACUGAAACUAACACACCUAUUUGUUUACAAAUGACAUUUUUCUGUUUGUUUGCUAGGUCUAUUGAACUAUAUUAAGUGUGAACUGUGCCAUACUGUGCUGAGUCAUAUUUUGCAUAAUCACACCUAAUGGGUGCUCUCACACCUGUUAGCAUACUGGCUAUCACUAUUAGUUUCCUUAUUAUUUUUGACUGAAGUCUGAGGAUGGAGUUAUAAAUAGGAGUUACAUGAUGUCUAAGCUCCCAUUCCUAUUUAAAGAUGGAUUGUCCUAACAAAAACUGCCUCUUUAACGCCCCUCUUACAUGUUUUUUUUCUUUGGCUAAGAUCUGUACCUGACUGUCUUGAAAGGAGUGGUUAGUGGCUUUGAGAUGGAGAUGUUUGUUGUAGAUUCAGUGUAGUUAGCGCCUCCCUUCAAACAGAUAUAAGGCAGUGUCCACCAGCAAUCUGACCAGAACUGAAGCAGGAUGUAUAUGUAUGAGCGGCAAAACACCUUCACUCUAAAACGUUUGUCCAGUUGUAAGAUUUGUAUUUUUCUUUUACUACAGAAAUUAGUUAUGUUAAUGUGAAUCUCAAGUCAUUUUAAGGUUCACAUUAUCAGCACACUUAGAGACAUUCUUAAGAUGUGUAUGCUGUCUUAAUUGUAGACUAAAUGUGUCUUAUUCAAAAAGAUACUAAACAUAAUGAGAUGCCUUUCUCACCAACCAUCUCUAGGGCCUUUCUGCUAAGACUUCUUACUGAUCAGAACUGCUUUCCUGAUAUCUCUGAAACAUCUGGCAGGCUCAUAGGAACACACUAUCAAGCACUGCUGCUUUGAGCAAACAUUAGUGCAGCUAAAUGUAGAACUGAAUCUAUAAAUCAUUUGGAUGUGUAUACAUUGUAAAGUAUUGUAGAACAGAAAGAGAUAAAUUAAAAUCAUUGUCAUACCACUUAUUUGAAUU